AUAACAGCAAGCUGGGUACAAACGCCGUAAACAACUCCACCGUAGCCACUCGUUAAUGGCAGGCGCUCUCUCUCUCUCUCUCUAUAAAAUCUCUCUCCUUCUGUUCUUUUACAUAGUCUUUAGUUGGUCGCCUCGUUCUCUUCCUGAAGCUCCAGAAAUGGCAAACGCAGCAUCUGGGAUGGCUGUGCAUGAUGACUGCAAGUUGAGGUUCUUGGAACUAAAGGCGAAAAGGACUUAUCGUUUCAUUAUCUUUAAGAUAGAGGAGAAACAGAAGCAGGUUGUUGUUGAAAAAGUUGGUGAGCCAACUCAAAGCUAUGACGACUUCACCGCUAGUCUUCCUGUGGAUGAAUGUCGCUAUGCAGUCUACGAUUUUGACUUCGUGACUGCAGAGAAUUGCCAGAAAAGCAGGAUAUUCUUCAUUGCUUGGUCUCCUGACACUUCGCGGAUCAGAAACAAGAUGAUUUACGCCAGCUCAAAGGACAGAUUUAAGAGGGAGCUGGAUGGAAUCCAAGUUGAAUUACAGGCAACUGAUCCAACUGAAAUGGGUCUUGAUGUCAUUAAGAGUCGUGCUAACUAAGUGAGAAUUUGUAGGCCUUCUGCGGCAGAGUUGCUCUGUUGACCUUUACUUGAAAAAGAAUGCCUAUAAUUUGUGGGAUGGUAAACUUGGGUAUGAGUAGGAACCAAGUACUUCCUAUACCGUUCCUUAUAUUUUAAAUGGAAUUUGUGUGUCUGGUGUAUGAUGUUGUCUUUACUUUAGAUAUUAUUCGUUUGGUGUUUCAGUUGUAGAUUGAUAUCUACAAGCUAAUAUGCAACAAUCCGGGAGGGGUUCAGACUCCCAGACUGCGUUGUUAUUUAAAUGGAUACUUUUGAUCCCUGGUCCUAA